AUGACACUGAUCAUAUCUAUCUAUCUAUCUAUCUAUCUAUCUAUCUAUGACACUGUUCAUAUGAAUCUAUCUAUCUAUAUAUAUAUAUAUAUAUAUAUAUAUAUGACACUGAUCAUAUCUAUCUAUCUAUCUAUCUCUAUCUAUUCUAUCUAUCUAUCUAUGACACUAUCUAUCUAUCUAUCUAUCUAUCUAUCUAUCUAUCUAUCUCUGCCACUGUUCAGAUCUAUCUAUCUAUCUAUCUCUGCCACUGUUCAGAUCUAUCUAGCUGCUUUUCUAUCUAUCUAUUUGAAGAUCAACACGGACCCAAAAAACCCUCGGUGGGUCGGUGCCUGGUGGGUAGGAUAUUUAGCAGGAGGGCUCAUAGCUCUUGUCAUGGGACCUUUCUUACUUUGUUACCCCAAAAGACUUCCACAGUCCGAAAAGGCGCAUUAUGAUGACGACGUGAUGAAGCAAUUACGGACAGAAGAUGAUUGUCAGUACAAAAAGACAGAGCGAGGCAAGGAGUACCAAGUUACAGGUGCCAUGUGCAAUCUCUUCCAAAAUCCGACCUUCCUGAUGGUCACCCUGAGUGCCAUUGCCGAAUCUAUAAAUGUAGCCGGAAUUGCUACUUUUCUUCCAAAAUUCAUUCAAAACCAUUUUCAUCAGACACCUUCCUGGGCUUCCAUGUUGGCUGGGGUGGUUGUUGUCCCAGCCGGUGCCGCAGGUCAGUUGCUUGGAGGAUACCUCAGCCGUCGUCUGCAACUACAUGUCAAAGGCAUGGCCCGAAUGUGCAUCAUAACCUUGGCCCUCUCGUCGGCGGGCGUCGCUGCUUUCUGGGUACGAUGCGAGUCCGGGCCGAUGGCUGGUAUCAACGCAAAUUACCACAAUGGCAGUUAUCGAUCAUACAGUCUGGUUAACCUGACAUCCAAAUGUAACGAACCAUGUCACUGUACGACAGAAAUCUACGAACCCGUCUGCAACGAUGAUGGAAUACAGUAUUUCUCACCGUGUCAUGCAGGUUGCAAAGAAAACUCUCGCCAUGGCAAUGUUUAUUCUGACUGCGCCUGCGUGGAAAGUCUCCCUGUUAACGGAAAAGGCGGCGACGCCGGGUCAAGAACAGUAUCACGUGGUUCCUGUCUUCACGACUGUAUGCAGCUCUUCAUCUUUUUACCCGCCACUUUCCUUAGCGUUUUCUUUAGUUUUAUUGCGCAGACGCCUCUCGUCUCCAUGGUUCUCAGGUGCACAGAAGAAGAUCAACGUUCAUUUGCCCUGGGAUUAAAUGCAUUUGUUGUUCGCAUGCUAGGGAGUCUUCCGGGUCCUUUGUUAAUUGGUGCGAUAAUAGACCACGCUUGUUCCGUUUGGCAGACGACCUGUGAAGGUGAUUCUUCAUGUUGGAUCUACAAUGAUAUGAGUUUGGCAGCGAACCUCAUCAUCCUUAUCCUCGCUCUGCGCCUUGUCUCUAUCGUUAGUCUGUUAUUAGCCGACAGAACUUACAAGUCUACUACGAAUUCGUACCCCCAGAAAAAUGAAGAAAAUCAACUCAACCCUACCAAUGAAAUAUAUACAGAAAGUUUAGUGAUCCCAAAACGAUAUAGUGUAAAUAUUCUUGAGAGCCAAGAUUCAAAUUAUAAUCCUGUUGGUGUAUAA